UGUACCGUGCCCAGACGCGCCGUCUGACACGGUCUCGGAGACACGAAGUCCUGAUUCACCGAGCAGGUUCAUUCAUUUUGCAGCAGGGCAGAGCAGAUGGCAGCGAGGCGGUGCGGAGACUCUUUUAUAAUAACAAAGAACGACUGACUUUGAUAGUACAGUCAAAACAGUCUACACAUGUUCUGCGCGAGCGAACCGGAUACCGGAGCGAAUUCAGCAGACGACCGACGGGAACUUCUAAUGGAAACAUAACAACGUUAUUUACUCGCCAAAAAGCCUUGCACUCACAUCUGCCGGCAGACAGAUAAUUCGAUAUUGUUUCUCACUCUAAAGGGAUUAAAGGUGUUUUUUUUUUCCCUGACUGUAUUGCGCGCGAAGGCAAAAUGAAGGUGAAGUCUAGAGACGAGAGUUUGAACACUUCUGGAGAAUGUGACGGAUCCAAUGACUUGCUGACAGGUAACCCUCCCUCAGGCCAGAGCAAAAAGAACAUGAAGCAGCGCUUCCUCAAACUUCUGCCCUGCUGUCACGUUGACUCCACACCAUCCGUCAGGCAAAACAGUAUAGAGGAAGACUUUGAGCUGGCCACUGUGUGCUGCAGACCGGAUAGUCUGGAAAAAGUUAUGGAACAGACCAAAUUCUCCAAAACAGAGCUACAAAUCCUCUAUAGAAGUUUCAAAAAUGAAUGUCCCUCUGGAUUAGUAAACGAAGAGACUUUUAAGUUAAUCUACUCUCACUUUUUUCCUCACGGAGAUUCUAGCGCGUACGCACAUUUCCUGUUUGAGGCUUUUGACAGACACAAGAACGGAGCAGUAAGUUUUGAGGAUUUUGUGGUUGGCCUGUCGAUCAUCUUGCGUGGUACUGUUACUGAAAGACUGUCCUGGGCCUUCAGUUUGUAUGAUCUCAAUAAAGAUGGCUGCAUCACUAAAGAGGAGAUGAAUGACAUUAUGAAGUCUAUUUAUGAUAUGAUGGGGAAGUAUACGCAUCCGUGUAUGAAGGACAGCGCACCUAGAGAACAUGUCGAAAGUUUCUUUCAGAAAAUGGAUCGCAACAAUGAUGGCGUCGUCACUAUGGAGGAGUUCCUGGAAACAUGUCAAAAGGAUGAAGCCAUCAUGGAGUCCAUGCAGAUGCUGGAUCAUGUCAUUUAGCUCCGCAUGACAGUCUGAGAACAGCAACGGUGUUCGAUCUGUUGUGGCGUCUUCCUGAUCCGUUGAUCCUCCAAAAAAAAUAAAAAAGACAGUGAACACAUGAACAGGUGCAAAGUGAGCAUGCUAUUUUACACCCCGAGGAAUAUAUGUCUUUAAAGAUCAGCUGUUAUACGCCGCUGUCUCUGCAUCGUCUAUUUCGUUAAAUGUAACGUGAAGAAAUAUUUAAAGCCAAUUCAACAACAAAAAAAAGGCUGUGAAAAAUAAGAUCUUUUCAGUUUCUUAAUUUGUCGAUUAUAUAUUUUUAGGUGCACUAACACCUUAUAUUAUACCUUACAUUAUUCAUGCCAGAUGCAAUUAUUUAGAUUAUGUUGUAACACGCUACUUUGAAGUGUAUGCAUACGCACAGCACUUUGCAAUCAAUAUCACUGAUGGGAAGGAUUAUGGAAUUAUGUAAUGAACUAUGCAAAAAAUGGAAUAGGUGUUGGAAGAUUCACAUGGUGAACAUGCUCUCUAAUUAAUACAUUUAUGUAUUUAUAUUUAUUUAUCCUUUUCUUUUUUAUUGUUUUUAGUUCAUGUAGUAUAUUUCUGAUAAACAAACAUUGCAUUUUUAGUACUUUUAAA